UACGGUAACAGUCAACACGGAAGCCUGCGUGCUUUUACAAUAACCUACAAUCCAAGCUCCCUUUCCUUCCACGAUUCUUCCGCCCAUCCAAAUGCAGAAGAUAAGAACAAGCGCCUUCUUGGUUUCAUCUUUACUAUUCUUCUCCUUAAUCUGGUCUUCUCCUUCUUCGAUCGCAACAGCUAUGGCGGACGACGCUUCUACUAAACCACAGCCAUCGGCAACGCCGGAGGCGGCGGCUGUCCACAUCGUCUACACCGAGAGGCCUGCCGAUGAAGACCCCGAGGCCUUCCACAUCCGCAUCCUCACCUCCGUCGUCGGCAGCGAGGAGGCAGCGAAGGAGGCGCUGGUGUACAGUUACAAGCACGCGGCAAGUGGGUUCUCUGCCAAACUCACUCCAGAUCAGGUUUCCCAGAUGUCAAGACAACCCGGUGUUCUUCAAGUUGUUCCAAGCAGGACUGUUCAGCUACAUUCUGGACCUGCGAGGCUGAAUGUCUGAAACAACAGAAGUCUCUAUGUACUCUAUUUUCUUAUAAGUAUGUCGGUUGUGUAUAAACAAUGGAUCUGUGUGGUCAUGCCAUCAGACACCGCAACUUCAUAAGCUGUUGAUCUGAAUAAUAUCAUAACCAAUGUCGAUGUUCAAUAACUUGUUUUCUCUUAA